AUGGCGGCUCCUGCUCUGACCUGGCGCCUGUCCCUCCUCGCCUUCCUCCUGGCCCUGGCCAGGGCGUCCACAGCGGUGAACGACACGUCCACACUCACCUGCUUCUACAACUCGAGGGCCAACAUCUCCUGUGUGUGGAGCCGGGAUGGGGGCCUGCAGGCCUCCUCCUGCCACAUCCACGCCCAGCCGUACAAACGGCCCUGGAACGAAUCCUGUGAGCUGCUCCCCGCCGGCCCGGCAUCCUGGUCCUGCAACCUGAUCCUGGGACCCCGAGAUGCCCAGAAACUGACCGCCGCAGACAACGUGAGCAUAAGCGUGAGGUGCCUGGAGGGGGAGAGGUGGACGAGGGUGCUGACCCAGGAUUUCAAGCCCUUUGACAACCUCCGCCUGAUGGCCCCGGACGCCCUCCAAGUCGCCCAGGAGGGGAGCAGCACAUGCAACAUAACCUGGGACGCCCCCCAGACCUCCCACUACAUCACCAAGCACCUGGAGUUUGAGGUCCGAACGAGGUUCCUGGACCACAGUUGGGCGGAGGCCUCCGUGCUGAGCCUCAAGCAGAACCAGCGCUGGAUCUUCCUGGAGACGCUCGCCCCCGACACCCCGUACGAACUCCAGGUGCGGGUCCGGGCCCAGCGGGGCAGCCUCGGGACCUGGAGCCCCUGGAGCCGGCCCCUGGCCUUCCGGACGAGGCCCGAAGAGCGGCCGCUGGCCGGGAGGAGGCCUGAUGCCCCUUCACUCGGCCACAUCCUCGUGGGCAUCUGCGGUGCCUUGGGCUUCAUCUUCGUAGUCUACCUGCUGGUCAACUGCCAGUACCUCGGGCCGUGGUUCAAGAAGGCUCUGAAGUGUCACAUCCCAGACCCCUCGGAGUUCUUUUCGCAGCUGAGCUCAGAGCACGGAGGCGAUUUCCAGAAGUGGCUCUCCUCGCCCUUCCCCUCGUCCUCCUUCAGCCCCAGCGGCCCGGCCCCCGAGAUCUCCCCGCUGGAGGUGCUGGACCGGGACGCCAAGGCCGCCCAGCUGCUCCUGCUGCGGCCGGACAAGGGGCCCUCGCCCUCUCCUGAGACCAGCGGCCACUCCCUGACCAGCUGCUUCACCAACCAAGGCUACUUCUUCUUCCACCUCCCGGACGCGCUGGAGAUCGAGGCCUGCCAGGUGUACUUCACCUACGACCCCUACGCCGAGGAGCUGGAGGAGGACGGGCCCGGAGCACCCGAGGGGUCCCUCCUCCCGCCCCUGCCACUUCCCCCCGGGGAGGAUGACGCCUACUGCACCUUCCCGCCCCGGGAAGACCUGCUGCUCUUCUCCCCCAGUCUCCUCGGCGGCCCGAGCCCCCCAAACACUGCCCCGGGGGGCACCAGGGCCGGUGAAGAGAGGGAGGGGACCGCUCUGCAGGAGGGAGUCCCCAGAGACUGGGCCCCCCAGCGCCUGGGGCCCCCCACCCCGGGAGCCACCGGCCUGGCGAGAUGCCAGUCACCCCAGGAGAUUGCACUGGGAGAAGCGGGAGAGGAGGGCCCUGGCCCUGGUCCUGGCCCUGGCACUGGGGAGGGGGCCGGCUACCCCUGUGCCAGCCCUCCUGGGCAGUGCCAGGUCAGGACCCCCGCUUCCUGUCUGCCCCCGAACACGGAUGCCUACCUGUCCCUCCAAGAGCUCCAGGAUCAGGACCCUGCGUACUUGAUGUAG